GUGACGACAGCGCCAUCUGCAGUCGAUCAGCUGGAUUCCCGAAAGUGGAUCUGACGACUGACGCUUAAUGCUUAUGACCAUCUGAAUUCGUUGCGCCGCGAACAUCAGCAUUCAGCAGUCGCGUUCUAGUGUUCGCGAGUAUAGUGAGAGGGGAAAAAGCAUGACGCAUCGGAUCACUGUGUGUUGAUGAUUUCCUCUUUUAUCAUCUCUAACUUCGUGUCUACCUUCUACAGUUGUAGACCUGAAAAAUCCGCACCUAUAUAGACAGAACAAAUCGUGUGAAAUUUAUGCGCGAGAAUCUUCCCGAGAAGUGUUACACUGUUUACUUAUAUAUCGACGAAUCAUCUAGCCAUCAGAAGUGUAGGCUGUGAUUUGGUAAAAACUUAUAUAGCUACUCGUCGUCGUAGGUAGUGUUUAUCCAAGGUCGCCAUGGAGCAAGACGACGUUUUGACGAUACUGAAGAUUUUGAUGAUAGGCGAGACCAAUGUCGGAAAAUCCAGUAUUCUACUGAGGUUUACGGAAGAUGAGUUUCAUGACAAUAUACAGAACACUGUGGGAAUGGAUUACAAGUCUAAGAAAGUCACAAUCGACGGCAACACUGUGAAACUAGCAAUUUGGGAUACUGCUGGACAAGAACGUUUCCGCACAUUAACUCCUAAUUAUUAUAGGGAUGGUCAAGGAGCUAUUUUAGUGUAUGACGUUACGGACAGAAGCACAUUCACAAAGUUAGAUAUGUGGCUCAAUGAAUUACAUACAUACUGCAACAAGACAGAUAUUGUCAAGAUGGUAGUGGGCAAUAAAAUUGAUCUUCCAGAUAGACAAGUCACUACCGAAGAAGGCUUGCAAUUUGCAAGAAGACAUCAGACACUUUACAUUGAAAGUAGUGCCAAAACUGCAGAUGGUGUGAAAUGUUGUUUUGAGGAACUUGUACAAAAGAUCAUUCAAACACCAGGUUUAUGGGACACAUAUUCUUACAAGACGUAUAACGGUGCAAAUACUGCUGGUGGUCCAAGACAACGGAUGGGAAGAAGGGGAAUGCAACUAACUGACGAUUACGAGCCGGAGAAUACAUAUUCAAGUUGUUAUUGCAGUUUAAUUUAAUCUAUCUCCACUAAGAAAGUGCUGCGGUGCAAGCUGAAAUGAUAGCAAGAAUUUAUUUAUUGCAUAUUUUGAACUGGGCAUACCUUAAUACACUAUCGCUUAUCAACAAGAUAUAUAUGUGUGUAUAUAUAUAUAUAUAUAUAUAUUGUGUACUUUAUUUAACUAAUUAUAGUUUCUGCAUAUUUUUUAAAAAUUAAUUACUGUAAAGUAGCAACUAUAGUUCUAUUAGGACCUAGUUUUCAACUUGAAAUUUUUUGUAUGAAUUUAGAAUAUGCACUUACGUAUAAAAAAUGUAAAAACCUAUAGACGGCCUUCAACAUGAUAUUUCAGUAACUAAAAUUUUAACAUUUUCAAUAUUAAUUAGUACAGCACUUUUUAACAUUUGAGGAUACACAAGUAACAUAAAAAAAAACAGUAAAAGAAGCGUUUGUUAUAAAAACUUUUGUAGCUUUUUGUAUGUUACAUUUGCUGCAAUAACUUUGAUUACAAUUGAAGAGUAUGUUAUAUUGUAUGACAACAUUUAUUUGUUGUUAUAUAAGCUAAAACAUGUUAAUAAUUUUACGAAUUUUAUGUAUCUUCAAUCAUGCUCGUGAUAUUAUAAAUGUUUCAAUGAAACAUGCUAUGUUAAGACUGGUAAUAUGCAGUGAAUUUCAUGUACAGAAAACAUUGUAAAAUAUUUAUUUGUAAAUAAAGUGGUUUCUCAACUAAAUUGUCAAUCAUUACCUUAAACUUCUCGUUAUCUUCAUUUGUUUGUCAGUCAUUUUAAUUUAUUUUUUAUUUAAACAAUUGAGCAUGUUUUUUGGCAAUCUUGUUUCUUCCCAAAGAUAGUCCAAAAUUCACAACUUAAUUAAUUCAGCAAUUCAAAACUAUCAAGAAGUGUUAAAUUUAGUGGGCAUUAACAUUGAUAACAAAAACUCUUGGAAAGAUAAAAUCAGACUUUACAAAUGUCUUGUUAUGAAGGUUACAACAAUAAAAAUUAUAUCGAAGAAUGCUUUAAUAUUGAUAAAAUCUUAGUUUAUAACUGGAAUUCAGAUGAAGAAAAAGAAAGUGACUUAGAUUCAUGUUCACAAUCAAACACAACGUUGGUAAAUAGUAGUUCCAGUAAUGCAGCCGAACUCGAUGAAUGUGAAAAGAAUAAAAUUUUAAAUAGAAAAAAUUAUCUGAGACAAAAUUUAAUGGCUCCUUUGACUUGGGCACUGAGUAAAACACUGAAGUAUAAUCCAACAAAUCCUAUUCACUACAUUGCUUGUCAACUACUUAGAUGGAAAUAUAACAAUAUUACUUCCAAAGAAAAAGAAGAAACGAUCGAUUUCGUUAUUGAUGCUACCGAUAAAAAAGAUCUUAAGCUCUUAGAAAAAACGCUAGAGCGAGAAGAAAGACACUCAUAAAUGAGAAAAUGCAUCAUAGCAGCUAUGUCACUGUAAAAACAUAUUAAGUACUUAAUCAUCAACAAUAAUGGUGCUGUACCAAUGUUCAAUAUUUUUCAGCACUUCCUUCAAAUAUAAGUGAAUCUGCAAUAUCUCGUAAUAUUUCAUAGAUGUGAAUGAGAAACAAAUAAAUUGAGAGAAUUUUCAAACUCAUUUAUUUUUUUUAUAUAAAUUAAAUUUGUAUUUUUUAAGUAUGGGAAAAUAAAUAAAUUUUGUUAUCUGUAUAAAGUGCAUGAAUUUGUAGAAAAUUCUUUUAUUUUGUAAUUAUUAAUGAGUCUCAUACAUUUGUCACAUAGUAUUUCAAUUGGAAAUAUUCCGAGCGCAAUAAUAGCACUCAAUAUGAGCAGUUAUUGGAAUGAACAAAUGUAAGAACAUCACAAUGCAAAAGACGUUCGCAGUACAUCUCAGCAGUAUAAGUGUACAGUGUUAAAUUUGUGUAAAAUCCUUGAUCACAAAAUUAAGAAAAAAAUGUUGAUCUCUUACAAUUAUUAUAUCGAAGACUGUUCGAGUAAUCGCAACUCGAGCACGGAUACCACAUGUAAAUUUGUUUUCCAAAGUGAAAACGCGAUUGAAAAAUGUAUAACAUUUGCAUCAGAUACUGCACGUAUGCGUUGACCACGGAGUUACAAUAGUACAGUUAGCUAUGGCCAUUAUCUAAAACACUUUCAGACUUUAUUCCCCAAAGUUGGUAAAUUUUA